AUGGAAAUCAAGGCUCAGGGAUCGACUCACGACGCACAAAGAGGGCCCCGCCAAAGGAAGAGCCAAGGGCGGGACGUGGAUAUUUCCAAGGCCCUGUCCAGGCUGCUGCGGCACCAGGCCGAGAAUGCGGGCAUCAACCUCGACAAGGAGGGAUUCGCGCCCCUGGACAAAGUGCUCCAAUGGGGCCCGCUGAAAGCCCUCGGCGUGUCCGUCGAGGAAGUCGAGGCCAUCGUCGAGACCAACGCCAAGAAGCGGUUCGCUCUCAAGCCCAUCGCCCAGGGAGACCCGGCCUCCCCCGCGAGCUACCUCAUCCGCGCCAACCAAGGGCACUCCCUCCAGGUCGACCCGGCGUCGCUGUUCCGCUCCAUUGCGCUGGGGGACGCUGAUUUCCCAGCCCGGGUCCUGCACGGCACCUACUUUGCGUUUUGGGACGACAUUGUCCGGUCGGGAGGGCUGAAGCCCAUGACCAGGGGCCACAUCCACUGCUCGGAGAAGACGCUCGAGGAAGGCGCCGUGAGCGGCAUGCGGGGGGACGCCGAGAUCCUCGUCGAGAUUGAUAUACAGGCGAGUCUGGAGGAGGGGGCGGCGUGGUGGAGGAGCGAAAACGGGGUGAUCCUGACGGAUGGGGGAAGCGAGGGGCUCCUGAGCACGCGCUUCUUCAAGAAGGUUACGGGGAGGAAAGCCGGCGUGGGUGUCUUGUGGGAGGAUGGCGAGAAGAGGGCGGAUUUGCCGGUCGGGUUGAAGAUGGUGGUGCCGGCCGGGAAGAGAGGUGCAAGGGGAAGAGUGAGAGGAAGGGGAAGGGGAAGAGGAGGGGGAAGGGGAGGAGGAGAGGAAAGGGGGGGGAGGGGGGGGACGGGGGGCGUUGUUUGA